GAGCGCGCGGCCACUGUCGCAGAGUAAAAACGUGUAGACAUGCUGGGACUGUCAGUGAGAGUCGGGCUGGGACUGGCAGUACUGGCCCAGGGGCCGGCGGGCUGGCGCCGCCAUGUCGGCGGUGUUUGAUCUGGACUUGGAGACCGAGGAAGGCAGCGAGGGCGAAGGCGAGCCAGAGUUCAGCCCUGCGGAUGUGUGUCCUCUUGCCGAGUUGAAGGCGGCUGGCUUGGAGCCUGUGGGACAUUAUGAGGAGGUGGAGCUGACUGAGACCAACGUGAACCUGGGCCCUGAGCGCAUUGGGCCCCAUUGCUUUGAGUUGCUGCGUGUGCUGGGCAAGGGAGGCUAUGGAAAGGUGUUCCAGGUGCGAAAGGUGCAAGGUACCAACUUGGGCAAAAUAUAUGCCAUGAAAGUUUUAAGGAAGGCCAAAAUUGUGUGCAAUGCCAAGGACACAGCACACACACGGGCUGAACGGAACAUUCUAGAGUCAGUGAAGCACCCCUUCAUUGUGGAACUGGCCUAUGCCUUUCAGACUGGUGGCAAACUCUACCUCAUCCUUGAGUGCCUUAGUGGUGGUGAACUCUUCACGCAUCUGGAGCGAGAGGGCAUUUUUCUAGAAGACACAGCCUGCUUCUACCUGGCCGAGAUCACGCUGGCUCUGGGCCAUCUCCACUCGCAAGGCAUCAUCUACCGAGACCUCAAGCCCGAGAAUAUCAUGCUCAGCAGCCAGGGCCACAUCAAACUGACAGACUUUGGACUCUGCAAGGAGUCGAUCCAUGAGGGCGCUGUCACUCACACCUUCUGUGGCACCAUUGAGUACAUGGCCCCUGAGAUCCUGAUGCGCAGUGGCCACAACCGGGCUGUGGACUGGUGGAGCCUGGGUGCCCUGAUGUACGACAUGCUCACUGGAUCGCCACCCUUCACUGCAGAGAACCGAAAGAAAACCAUGGAUAAAAUAAUCAAGGGGAAGCUGGCGCUGCCUCCCUACCUCACCCCAGAUGCCCGGGACCUUGUCAAAAAGUUUCUGAAGCGGAAUCCCAGCCAACGGAUUGGGGGUGGUCCAGGGGACGCUGCUGAUGUGCAGGUUUGGGGCAUUCUCUACCCACAGAAGCACCCCUUCUUCCGGCACCUGAAUUGGGAUGACCUCCUGGCUCACCGUGUGGACCCCCCUUUCAGGCCCUGUCUGCAGUCAGAGGAGGACGUGAGCCAGUUUGAUACUCGCUUCACACGGCAGACACCAGUGGACAGUCCGGAUGACAUGGCCCUCAGUGAGAGCGCCAACCAGGCCUUUGUGGGCUUCACAUAUGUGGCGCCCUCUGUCCUGGAGAGCAUUAAGGAGGGCUUCUCCUUCCAGCCUAAGCUGCGCUCCCCAAGGCGCCUCAACAGCAGCCCCCGGACUCCCAUAAGCCCCCUCAAGUUCUCCCCCUUUGAGGCCUUCCGACCCAGCCUGCCAGAACCCACAGAGCCACCUCUUCCUCCACUGUUGCCACCACCGCCACCCUCAAGUACUGCCCCCCUCCUCAUCCGUCCCCACUCAGGGACCAAGAAAUCCAAGAGGGGUCGCGGCCACCUUGGACGCUAGGAGGAUAGAUGAGGACAGCCAUUGGGGGCCUUCCCUGCAGGCUGUGAGGGCAGUAGGACACGGCCAGUCCCUGAGACCUGGGAGUGGGUUGAGAGUGAGUGUGUGUGUCUUUGCCAGGGGUGGCCAUGCCCCUGAAUCAUGAGCAUGGAGGACUGCGGGCACAAGGGCUCUGUUGCCUCCAGCCUCACAUUUACCUGUGCCCUUGGGGAAUUAAAGGAUUGAAUCAUG